GAGUUGAAUGCAGCAAGGCUGUACAUUUUGACUAACUGCUCUGCUGUUGAUAGAUUUCGUGAAACAUAUGAAGAUGAAAAAUAUGCAAGUCAUCCAAACUUGCCAUCGGAGGGCCUUGAUGAAAUGAUGGCAUCCGAAUUUGUGGAAUGGUUCGAGAUUGCUUGCAAAGAAGAUCCCAAUUCUGAUGAGGACUUGUGGAAUUUAGCUAAUGGAUGCAGCUCUAGAGCCUAUUCCUAUAGCUCCUAUGAUGUGAAUGGCUUUCGCUUUAGAUCAGAGAUAUCUGAGAAAAAACGUAGAAGGUUGAAAACGGUGAACACAGGGGUUUGUUUGUCAUCCUUCAUCUCAGAGACUGAACAACUUGAGUACUAUGGUGUCAUUGAGGAAAUUAUCAAAGUAUCCUUCACAGCUGGUAGAAAAAUUGAGAUGGUACUCUUCAAAUGCCGUUGGUUUGACCCCAUCAAGGGUGUGAAGCCAAAUGCAAAAUUAGGUUUGGUGGAGAUAAAGUGGUCUUCAAGGCUAAGUAAUUUUGAACCAUUUGCCAUGGCUCACCAAGCUACGCAAGCUUAUUACUUGCAUUACGCAUCCUCCAGGAGAGAUCUUCGUGAUUGGAGGGUUGUUUACACUAUUCAGCCAAGUACCAGCUUGAGUAACUUUGAUGACUGCGCAAAUGACCCAUCUACUACAGAUGAAUAUUUCCAGGAAGGUGGUCAGCUGGGUAGUUUUUCUGUAGAUGGUGGCAAAUUUGUUGAUGAAUCUACUGAGCCAAGAAAGGAGUCAGAUGAUGUGGAGCUUGAUCCCUCUGAAAUUUAUGUAAUAGAAAAUCAAGGCAAUAAUUAUGAGGGAGAAGAAUCUUCAGAAGAUGAAUUGGACGAGAGUACUGAUGAGGAAGAAGAAGAUUUACCUGAAGAGGAAGGACAAGAAGAGACAUAUGACACCGAAGAUGAGGAUGAUGCAAUAGAGCAUGACUCUGAAUAUGACAAUGAUGAUUACUGA